GGUCCCCGGUGUCCGAGACGAGAGUGGCCUUGAAACAUGCGGUUGCGCUGGGUAGCCUUUCUCUGGGGCCUCGUGGGCCUGGUGGACGUGGCCAGCUGCCCUGCCUGCUGUGCAGCCAGCCAGCCGGCGUCGGUCACGGUGAACUAACCCGGUUGUCCUCACUCCCUUCUCGUGUCCAGCAUUUACUCCACACCCUUCCUUCGCGACUGAACGCCAGGGGCUGGCGGGCAGCUGGUCGCUUCCUUAUUCACUCUGGGGAAAAGCAGGCCUGAGUCCAGCCGGGUCGCCUGCCCCACAAGCCAGUCAUACCUUCGCCCCACUGUCCAUGCUCACUCCCACUGAAUGAAGCUGCUGAAGUGAUUCCUUCUCACCUGAAUAAGCCCUUUACUGCCGAAAACUGGCUCCUUGAUGCCUACAGGAUAAAGGCUAAGCCUCUUAGGAAGGCAGGCAUUCAGGGCUCUUCAUGAUCGGAGAGGCCUAACCCUGAAGUGUAGACGGGGCACUGCUUGCAGAGCAGGUCCUGCCAGCCUCGCUGGAGAGGAUGCCCCCGUGUCCGUGAUGGGCUGUGGGACAAGCAAGGUCCUUCCCGAGCCGCCCAAGGAUGUCCAGCUGGAUCUGGUCAAGAAGGUGGAGCCCUUCAGUGGCACUAAGAGCGAUGUGUAUAAGCACUUCAUCACAGAGGUGGACAGUGUUGGCCCUCUCAAAGCUGGGAUCCCAGCAGCCAGUCAGUGUGCCAACCCCUGCCCGGGCGCCCCCACUACCGGCUACACAGAGCCUCCUUCAGAACCACCACGCAAGGCCAGGGUGGCUAAGUACAGGGCCAAGUUCGACCCGCGUGUGACAGCCAAGUAUGACAUCAAAGCCCUGAUUGGCCGAGGCAGCUUCAGCCGAGUGGUACGCGUGGAACACCGGGCAACCCGGCAACCAUAUGCCAUCAAGAUGAUUGAGACCAAAUACCGGGAGGGGCGGGAGGUGUGUGAGUCGGAGCUGCGUGUGCUGCGCCGGGUGCGCCACGCCAACAUCAUCCAGCUGGUGGAGGUGUUUGAGACUCAGGAGCGUGUGUACAUGGUGAUGGAGCUGGCUACUGGUGGAGAGCUCUUUGACCGCAUCAUUGCCAAGGGUUCUUUCACUGAGCGUGACGCCACACGGGUGCUGCAAAUGGUGCUGGAUGGCGUCCGGUAUCUGCACGCACUGGGCAUCACACACCGAGACCUCAAGCCUGAGAAUCUGCUCUACUACCACCCAGGCACUGAUUCCAAGAUCAUCAUCACCGACUUUGGCCUGGCCAGUGCUCGCAAGAAAGGUGACGACUGCCUGAUGAAGACUACCUGUGGCACACCUGAGUACAUUGCCCCUGAGGUCCUGGUUCGAAAGCCCUACACCAACUCAGUGGACAUGUGGGCACUGGGUGUCAUUGCCUACAUCCUGCUCAGUGGCACCAUGCCCUUUGAAGAUGAUAACCGCACCCGGCUGUACCGGCAGAUCCUCAGGGGCAAGUACAGUUACUCGGGGGAGCCUUGGCCCAGUGUAUCCAACCUGGCCAAAGACUUCAUUGACCGCCUGCUGACAGUGGACCCUGGCGCCCGUAUGACUGCACUGCAGGCCCUGAGGCACCCGUGGGUGGUGAGCAUGGCAGCCUCUUCGUCCAUGAAGAAUCUGCACCGCUCCAUCUCCCAGAACCUCCUCAAACGCGCCUCUUCACGCUGCCAGAGCACCAAAUCUGCCCAGUCUACACGUUCUAGCCGCUCUACACGCUCCAACAAGUCACGCCGUGUGCGAGAGCGGGAGUUGCGGGAGCUCAACCUGCGCUACCAGCAGCAGUACAAUGGCUGAGCUGCCUGCCAGUGGUAGAGACAUGGCAUGGUUCCAGCCUGUCACACACUGCUGUGUCAUCUGGGCCCUGUGCCCUCUCCGGUGAUAGGCCUGUAUGGCCAGUGGGAGGUGAAUGGUCCCAGCCCCUUCUCUGUGCCUUCAGCAGUCCCCAUCCUCACCUGGGCCUAGUGUGACAGAAUGGAACUGGGAGCCCCCUGAACUUGGAGCCUGGCCUGGCACUGAUGUUCCUUUUGGUGGGUAGUUGCUAUAGUACAAGUUGGGGAAAGGGUAAGACCCGGCCUUCAGUCUCCUUCACCCCUUACCCUUGGCUCUUCCUCAGACCAAAAGGGCAUGCAGUGUCAGGUAGAGGGUGUCGUUGGGACAGUUAUUUCUGGAACACCCCCCUUUCCUCUACCUACCUUCCUGCCCAGCCCCCCACAUUCCAUGGCAUUCUGAUCUUCAUGAUUAUACCCCAGUGAGAGGUCCAGGUAGGCACAAAGCCUGUGACUUGGCUGGACUCUCAGCCCCUGGGUAAGUAUAAACAGCCCCCCACCUCCCAGCCAAGGUCAGUCUUCCUUCAUGGAGACUCCAAGAACCACUCCUGGCCCUAGGACUUGUCAGGAUCUCUGGUGGUAGGGCCAUGGCAUGGAACUUGGUCCUUCUGGACUAUGUGGCCCUAUUGGUAGCAGGCUUGCUCUAGGCUCCAACCUCUCUGACUGUGCCUCCUUUGCAGAGCCGACCAUUAUCUCCCUCUCCCCUUUGGAUGCAUAGUCUAUUCUCCAGGUGCCUCCUUCCCAACUGUGGGACAUUAAAGGGAGCCCCACUGCUGCUACCUGGGUGAUGGAGGCACCUGGGCCAAGGCAGAGGGCAGGGGCUUCCUAGGGAGAGCCCCAUCAGGGCUCCAGUGCCAGCCCUGGUUCCACUUCCCAUUGCCCUUUUCCUUUAGGCUCUGCUAUUCCCUCCUCUGCAGCUGCAUGAAGGCGCCAUCUAGUGUCUGGCAUGAGUAUAGGCAGCCUAGGAAUGACCAUGUUCACCCUUCAGCCUUCAAGAGGAAGGAGCUGUUGCAUUGAGGAGGGUCUCUGGGCUGCUCUACACUCCCCUUCUGCUGAGCUUCUGCGCAGCUCCCCCUGGAACUUAGCCAAACUGUGUGAUCUGCCUCUGAACCCUGAGCACCUGGGGCACUGGCCUUCUCACAGCUGGCCUUGCCCAGUGCAGCCUGUCCUCGCUUCCUUUCACAGCAUUACCUUUCCAGUCUGAGCCCCACUGAAUCUCAGGUUGGAGGGAGCCCCUGCGGGAGGUGAGUGGAAUUAGGUGGCUGCUUUCCUAGACGCCUGAGCCAGACCAUUCCCGUGUCAGUCAUUGUGCCUUCCCCCACCACAAACUGGGCUGGAACCCAAGCCCCCUCCAUGCACAGCUGCUUUCAGUGUGUAGGGCCCAGCCUUAGCCUUAGCUAGACUGCAGGGCCCCUGCCAACAGGGAGGGUUUGGCCCUCACUCAGUUCCUCCCAGUGGUAGCCACGGGCCAGGCCCUCCUCUUUCUGCAUGUGCCACCUCCAGUGGAAUACCAAGCCAAAGAGAUCACUCUGGGCCAAGUCGAUUGUGCCUUAUACACCCCCUCCUUCUGCCUCCAGUGCCCCUGGUUCAAGGCAGCGGAGAGCCCAAGCCCCAUGGCCUCAGAACUCCCCUGACUUUCCCGAGUGCCUCUGGGGGCCUGAAGCCCUGGGGAAUUAUAUUUCCUCUUUUGCCCAGGAUAGGCCUGGUCCUGAAGGUAGGACAGGAGUUUGGAGACGGGCCUUCAUGCCAUGGACUGUGGGUGGAGAAUGUGCAGUUAUUUAUUUUGUGUACUCAAUUUGUAAAUGUAUCCUCUGUACUCAAUAAACAGGCUGCCCUCCUCAGGGAAGGCUGCCCAUUCCAACA